GACGUACCUGAUCCUGUCUCUUCUGCCAUUGGAUUCGUGAUUUCCAGCAUUGAACCAUUGGAUGGGUACAUUCCCAAACGCUUCAUCGGCAUCGUCAGUGAGAGGCGCCAUCGUAGGCACAGAGUUACAACUUAUCACUGUGUCACUUUGGUACGUCGUAACUAUGUGCUUACGAUUACGCCUCUCACUGACGAUGCCGGCGAAACAUUUAGGAAUACCUUCGAUGCCGUUAGUGUCUGCUUCACGAAGGUGGUAAAUUUCAACAACCUCUGCACCCAGGUCGAGGUGGAGGAGGUGAUCGCGUUACUCAACAAAAUGUACACACUGUACGACCAACUAACAGAGCGCCACAAGGUCUACAAGGUAAGCUCAAGAGAACCUUUGGUUUGUCUGCAUUAUCCGGGCGAAGAUGUGACAACAUUCGAUCUUUUCCCACUGAACCCGAAGCUUGUUAUGCUCACUUCUACACUCAUACCUUCCAAUGGAAUUUGUGCACUUUUCGAGUACUUACUCCUGUUCAGCAAAUGCUUACUCCCAGCCUCUUUGAAAUUCUCCUCAGCGGAACUCGGAAAUGCAUGUCCCGGCUACGAAUCCCAGUGA